AUGUCGCACGCCGUCGCGAGAGUGUUCGCUGCCGUCGUCUCGCUGUUGCUGCUCAUGCAGGAGGUCGGAUGUGACGACAUUAUAGGCUCGGGCAUGCGCUAUGACUACUGCGGGGUCUGCGGUGGCUUCAACACUACCUGCCAGAUCAUAUCCGGUAUAUACACGCAGCGCAACCUACCGGUGGGUUACAACAACAUCGCAGCCAUCCCGAAAGGAGCGUGCAACAUCAGCAUUCAAGAGAUGUAUCCAAGCGAGAAUUACUUAGUGGGGAGCAAUAAACUGUGUUUCCAGCCUUUGAUAUACCAAACCACGAACCUGGGUAUCAAAUACGAGUAUUCCAUCCCCAUCGACAAGACCCCCGCCUCCCUCCGACAUACACCAGCGAAGAACCCCGCCGCUCCGUCGCCGCUAGGAGCGCCACCGUCGUCGCUCGUGCAUGCGCAGCAGCCUGUGUACAUCCCGCCGCAGUCGGACAAAUAUCCGACAGUGCAGAGUCACACGAUAGAGGCGGGAAAGCCGACAGCACCGCAGCCGCAGCAGCAGCAGUCGUCUGCCAAACUCUACGUUGACUCGCCGGACCAGUAUGCACGGGACAACGUGAAGCCUGCUUACCAGAAUUCUCCUGCAGCCGCUGGUAGACCCUCCCCCCAGCAGCAGCAGCAGCAGCGCUACGCAGGGCGCGGAAGAUUGGCGUCAGUCUAUAGCAGCGAUGCGUCCGUGCUAGCUGGGGGGCAGUCUAGACCGCCCGUGUACGGACCGUGGUACGAACCGACGCCAGCGCCACCGCCGCCGCCGCCGCCGCGCGGGCGCUACCGGCCACCGCCCAACCCCCGUCCGCUUCCUCCGACUGUCAACCAGAGUGUGGCGAUUACAGCGCCACACCGCGGCGCUCCGGGGACACACGUCAACGCCGACGACGUGCCGCGACGACACAGACCGCGUCCGCAGGUGCUCUCUCAGUUUCAAAAUGAAGGACAGGUCGUGAACCCGCCGCCACACUACGUCACGCCCGGUAACAGCGCCAUCUCUAACAACGAGGUGACGUCGCACCUCGGCAAGGAGAAUUUCUCCUGGCGGGUGUCCGGUCUGACGCCGUGUAGCGCCACCUGUGGGGGAGAUCGUAAAUCCGAUUCUAGAUGGGAGCCAUCCGAAUGGGGACCAUGCAGCGCCACCUGUGGGGAAGGAAUUCAAACACGCGUUGCUAGGUGCCGGGAGCGUAUCUCGGCGACGCUGACGCUGACGCUGCCGUCGUCACGGUGCUUCAGUCUGCCGCAACCGGAGAUUGUGCGCAAGUGUAUAUCUCGCAGCUGUAGUCUCUGGAAGGAAGGCGAGUGGGGAAGGUGUUCAGCUGAGUGUGUGAAGGGCGUGAGGUCGCGAAAGAUACACUGUCUUACCGACACGCCGGAGCUCGGCUGCGAGGGUGCAGGAAAACCCGACACGGAACAAGCGUGCGACGGGGGCCAGCACUGCAACCCGCACUGGUUCACAGGCUCGUGGGGAGAGCAUCCGCACCACGACUACACGUCAUCGGUGAAGAGCAGCCCCGCUCUGCCGUUGGGAAGGCACAGGCCCGUGUUGGGACUCCUAAAGCUAUCGCUUGGCACGGAGUCCAGAGAGCUGGAGAACGCGCGCGCUC